UAUACGGAAAAUGAUUCACGAGGGUGAUGGCCAUAAUAACCCAGAUGAGGAAGAUGAGAAGGAGAAGCAGGAGGUAACUCAGCCCGAUCCACUGCUCAGGUCCCCGGCCACUGCUGCUGAGCGCCUCCUGCAGGCAGAGCUGGAACUGAGUGCCCACCUGCGUGACCUCACAUUUGGACCACAUGUGCGCUACGUUUACAACCCGUUGGAGUAUGCAUGGGAAACUCACCGCUGCUUUGUUGAGACGUACUGCCACGAUGGACACACUGUUCUCUUUCUGGGAAUGAAUCCAGGGCCUUUCGGCAUGGCACAGACUGGGGUCCCAUUUGGUGAGAUAAAAGCUGUUCGUGAUUGGCUGAAGAUAACAGGAGAGGUGGGACAUCCACCUAACGAACAUCCCAAAAGGCGAAUCAGGGGCUUUGCUUGCACCCAGAGUGAAGUCAGUGGUUCACGUUUCUGGGGAUAUUUCCAGAAACUCUGUGGCAAACCAGAAAAAUUCUUUAGUCACUGUUUUGUGCACAACCUUUGCCCGCUGAUCUUCAUGAAUGAAUCGGGCAAGAACCUCACGCCUCCUGAACUGCCCGCAGGCGAACGAGACGCCCUUCUUGCCCACUGUGAUGGCAGCCUCUGCAAAGUUGUUAAAGCACUUGGUGUCUCCAUGGUGAUUGGAGUGGGCAGAGUUGCUGAGCAGCGAGCUCGUCGUGCUCUCUCUGAAGCAGGCAUCACUGUUAGGGUGGAGGGGAUCAUGCAUCCCUCCCCCAGGAACCCUUUAGCCAAUAAGGGCUGGGAGGAAGUGGCCAAAACCAAACUAAACGAAUUGGGUGUCUUGCAGUUUCUCACCACAUGA